AUGAUGAUAAACCAACAUCGACAACUUUUCAUCGUUCUUAUCAUUUUCCAUUUAUCACUUACUGCAACUUCUUAUCCGUUCUUUGGUAACAAUGGUUUUCAAUUAGUGCAAAGCAGGAAAUGUCUUGGUGGCAAAAUAUUUGAAGUCCAUAACGUUCAGGAUAAUGAACAAUGCUUACAAGCAUGUAUGUAUUACAAUGGUGUUGCAUUCAAUAUUAUUCAAUUAGGAGAAUUUGAAUUUAUGUGUGAAAUUUUAGGUACCAUGAGUGGUAUAAUAGCACAACCAGGUGUUGCAUGUUAUUAUCUUAUUGCAUAA